AUGCCUCUUGCUCUGAAGAACCUUCACCGUACUGACAGCACCAGCUUUGGCUAUCUGGUGGAAUUCGACGUCAAUGUGCCAUUGCGAACCGCCAAACCCAACACCACGGACGAUCCGCUUAUUCUCCGCGCAAAUGUUUAUCGUCCAAAAGCUGAAGGGCGGUAUCCCGUUCUUGUAACCUGCGGUCCCUACGGGAAGGACAUUCCAUACCAUCAAUUCCAUGAAGAGUCCUUUUCCCUUGUCAAUCCCAAGCAGAAAUCACCCCACUCGGCGUGGGAAGUGCCAGAUCCGGGAUAUUGGACUUCGCAAGGGUAUGCGGUCGUUCGAGCAGACGAGCGAGGCACUGGAAAUAGUCCCGGGAAGCUUGAUUCGCUGGGACCGACAGUGUGGGAUGGAUUUGCCGACUUGAUUGAGUGGGCUGCCGAUCAACCCUGGAGCAAUGGUAAGAUUGGACUUCUUGGGAUCAGCUACUAUGCGGCAAGCCAAUGGUCGGUGGCGGCUCGUCAACCGCGAGGAUUAUCAUGUAUGAUUCCAUGGGAAGGAAUGACCGACUACUACCGAGACCGCGCGAGACAUGGAGGGAUUAUGUCGAAUCGAUUUAUCCAAUACGUGUACAACAGACAAGUAGCAUCAAGUCAAUAUGGCUUGCCAGGCAAAGCGGAACGACAUUGGGGCCCAGACACUUUUGAAGGGAGCCUUCCGGCCGAAGAGCUCGCAGCGAAUCGAGCUGACCAGCACGAAGAUGCUGCCCGGUAUCGCUUCCGAGAUGAACCCUACUACCAAGAAAGAGAUUUCGAUCUCUCAAAAGUACAAGUACCUCUGCUGAGCGGCGUAAACUGGGGUGCUAUUCACUUGCAUCUCCGCGGUAGUGUGCUUGGAUAUCUCGGUGCGAGCUCGCAGUUCAAGUAUCUUUACUUCCUGACCGGUCGUCACGACUUGCCGUUCUUUUAUGACGAACAUGUCGAGCUGCAGCGAUCAUUCCUGGACGCGUGUCUCAAGGGGGAGGACCGAGAGGGAUGGUUGGUGCCUGGGAAGGUACCACCGGUGAAUUUGUGCGUUCGGCGUGGCAAUCCGGGCUACAGUAACCCCGGGGCUGAACGGCAGGUUUUCCCUCGAAGGAUGGAACAGGAGUGGCCGCUGGCUAGAACACAAUAUAUGGACUACCACUUACAAGGAGAUGGCAUCCUAGGCCUAGACAAGCCGGUGAAGGAAGCCCGGGUGGGUUGGGAAGCGCUUGACGCCGGAUCCAGUGCUCGUUUCAAGACAAAGCCGGCCGACAAGGAGACUGAAAUUACCGGUCAUCCAUGGGCUCGACUUUCGGUGGCAGCUAGUCCAUCUAAUGGCUCAACACCAUCCGAGAUUGAUUUGUUCCUCACUCUUCGACACUACGACUCCGUCAACCAGGAGAUCUUCUACACCGGCGCUACGGGAGAUGCAGUGCCUGUGGUUCGAGGCUGGCUGCGAGUUUCGCUGAGAAAGACCGCCAGUAGCUCUGGACCGCUAGGUGCAAUCAUGCCAGAACGGAAUUACUAUUCUACCGAGGUGCAGGAGGUGGUUCCUGGUGAGGUGUACACUGUUGACGUCGAGAUCUGGCCAACCAGCGUGGUUCUCUUGCCUGGCGAGACACUCGAACUUCAAGUCUCCGGCACGGACAGUGAUAAUGUCGGCAUCUUCGGACACGAUCAUCCAGAGGACAGACCCAAGGAGAAGCUCCUUGGGUAUAAUGAGCUUCACAUCGGUCCUCGGUACGAGAACUUUCUCAGACUCCCAAUCAUCCCAGAGAAAUAG